GCAUUUUAACGCCCUCGCUGACCCCCAACAGAUGUCGAGCUUGACUUUUACGGCACACGCUGCACCCUUCUUUUCGCAGAAAUGACCUAAACCCAAGUUUACAUUUGUUUAUAUUCAACCCAGUGCCGGCUAUUAGCCUACACUUACGGGAAGUGUGAUGAAGGAGCAGUUACUUUGUUGAGAUUGGAUACUAGAAGCGGUAGUAGCCAAGUUAGAGUAUUUAUUGAGGGAAGCUCAUGGCGGCUGUGAGUGUGAGUAGCGGUAGUAGUGACACAUCUAGCACCGGCGAAGAGGAGAGGAUGAGGCGGUUGUUUUUGACUUGCGACGGCGACGGUGAUGGAUACAUCAACAGGAAUGACCUGCUGAUGGUGUGCAGACAGCUUAACAUGGAGGAGUCUGUGGCAGAGAUCAUGGGCCAGCUGGGAGCGGAUGAGCGAGGCAAGAUUUCCUUCGAGGACUUCACCCGCUGCCGCAUGCAGCUGGUCAACGAGAUCCGCAAGGAAGAGGGCGAGCUCUCCCAACGCUCCCAGGACUCUGAAACUAGGAAGCUCAGGGAACACAUCGCCUCUUGGCCAACCAGCAGCGAGAACAGCCUGGGGGCCCUGUCAGGGGCCAGAGAGAGCUGGGAGUACGACUCUGGGGCCAGGGACCUCCAGAGUCCAGACAUCCAGCCUCAGCAAACACAGACCCAGCAGCAGCCAGCCAUCCUCCAGAAGGCCCUGGAACCGCCUGGGACUGUCCUAGAACAGCAGGCUGCCCUUCAUAUGCUCCUGUCCCAGACCAGCGCCCGCUGUGCCCCCCUGGGGGGAAAUUACCUGGAGCUGGCCAACACACUCCAGCUGACAGCCCUGGCCUCGUGGAAGGGGGACUUGGUGGAGCUGAACAAGCGGCUGGUGCAGACGGAGAGAGAAAGAGAGCUGCUAGAGAAGAGACUGGCCAAAGCACAGUGUGAGCAGUCCUAUCUGAUGCGGGAGCAUGAGGACGUUCAGGAGCGGACCACCCUACGAUACGAGGAGAGGAUCACAGAGCUACACAGCAUCAUCGCUGAGCUCAACAAGAAGAUAGACCUGCUACAAGGCACUACCAUCAGGGAGGAGGAUGAGUUUUCGGAGCUGCGUUCGGAGCUCAGCCACAGCCAGCACGAGGUCAACGAGGACGGACGCAGCAUCGACCAGGACGUGGCCUCCGUCUCACUGGCUGAAAACCACUCCACCCUGGCGACCGCCAACAUGGACAACUGCAGUGACCUGAACUCAGAGCUGCAGCGGGUUCUGACGGGGUUGGAGAGCGUGCUGUGUGGGAGGAAGAAGAGCACAUGCAGCCUGUCUGUGGCCGAGGUGGACCGCCAGAUAGAGCAGCUGACCACCGCCAGCCAACACUGUGACCUUGCCAUCAAGACGGUGGAGGAGAUCGAGGGGGCCUUGGGCCGGGACUUCUACCCCAGCCUGUCGGAGGAGCGUAUGCACUGGCAGAAGGAGCUGGCCGGCCUGAGGGAAGAGAACGAGAGCCUGACGGCCAUGCUGUGCUCCAAGGAGGAGGACCUGAACCGCACCAAGGCCACCAUGAACGCCAUCCGGGAGGAACGUGACCGCUUGAGGCGACGGGUGCGGGAGCUGCAGACGCGUCUCCAGAGCUCCCAGCCUGCAGGCCUGUCCAGCCCCGGGCGUCUCACCCCCGCCUCCCGUCCAAUCAACCCCAGCACUGGGGAACUCAGCACCAGCAGCAGCAGUAACGACAUACCUGUGGCCAAGGUGGCGGAGCGGGUGAAACUGUCUAAAACCAGGUCGGAGUCUUCCUCCACCGAGAGGCCUGUUCUGGGAUCAGAGAUCAGCAGCAUUGGGGUGUCCAGUAAUGUGGCGGAGCACUUGGCACACUCCCUCCAGGACUGCUCCAACAUCCAGGAGAUCUUCCAGACCCUCUACUCCCACGGAUCAGCCAUCUCUGAGAACAAGAUCAGGGAGUUUGAGGUGGAGACGGAGAGACUUAACAGCCGCAUCGAACACCUGAAGUCUCAGAAUGACCUCUUGACCAUCACGUUGGAGGAGUGUAAGGGCAACGCAGAGAGGAUGAGCAUGCUGGUCGGCAAAUACGAGUCCAACGCUACCGCCCUACGACUGGCACUGCAGUACAGUGAACAGUGUAUAGAGGCCUAUGAGCUGCUGUUGACGCUGGCGGAGAGUGAACAGAGUCUGGUACUGGGCCAGUUCAGAGCUGCCGGAGUGGGUGACGUAGGCGAGAAGUUGGGAGAGGAGAGCAUCACUCAAAUCCUGAAGAGGGCCCAUGACUGCAGGAAGACAGCAGAGAAUGCAGCCAAGGAUCUUCUGGGCAGGCUGGACGGUAGCUGUGGAGCCGCAUUCGCUGUGACUGGCUGCAGUGUUCAACCGUGGGAGAGCCUGUCCUCCAAUAGUCACACUAGCACCACCAGUUCCACGACCAGCUCGUGCGACACAGACUUCUCCAAGGAGGACGAACAGCGACUAAAAGACUACGUGCAGCAGCUGAAGAAUGACCGUGCGGCAGUCAAGCUGACCAUGCUGGAGCUAGAGAGCGUUCACGUCGACCCCCUCAGCCUGGAGGUCAAGCCCCGGGGAGACACGCACCGUCUGGACCUGGAGAACGCUGUGCUGAUGCAGGAGCUCAUGGCCAUGAAGGAGGAGAUGGCGGAGCUGAAGGCCCAGCUCUACCUGCUGGAAAAGGAGAAGAAGGCAGUGGAGCUGCGGCUGAGCACGCGGGAGGCCCAGGAGCAGGCCUACCUGGUGCACAUCGAGCACCUCAAGGCCGAAGUGGAGGAGCAGCAGGAGCAGCGCAGGAGGUCCCUCAGCUCCACUGGGAGUAGUAGUAUAGACAAGAGCCAAGCCGCUAAGGAUUGUGGAGACUCUCCGGCCAUCAGCCUAUCAGACCUGAGGACACUGAAUGAUAGCGACCUGGCAGCAGAGCUCACCAACGCACUGAGACGGGAGAAGAAGCUAAAGGGGCGUGUCCAGGAACUAGUGGCAGCGCUGGAAAGACUAACCAAGAGUAGCGAGGUCCGCCACCAGCAGAGUGCCGAGUUCGUCAACGAUCUGAAACGGGCAAACAGUAACCUGGUGGCUGCGUAUGAGAAGGCCAAGAAAAAGCACCAGGGUAAGCUGAAAAAGCUGGAGGCUCAGAUGAUGGCCAUGGUGGAGCGCCACGAGACACAGGUUCGCAUGCUCAAACAACGCAUCGCCCUGCUGGAGGAGGAAAACUCACGGCCACACACCAAUGAGACCUCCCUAUGAGAACUGAUGAGACAUCCCUAUCAGAACUCACAAGGCAUCACUAGGAGAACUCACCAGACGUCGCUUCAGAAACUCACCAUACGUCGCUUCAGAAACUCACCAGACGUUGCUUCAGAAACUCACCAGACGUUGCUAU